GGGCGGUGUGUUCCUGUUAGCGCGACUGGUGCGUGGAGCUAGUGGUCAUGGCGACUCGCCGAGCUCUGCACUUCGUAUUUAAAGUGGGGAACCGCUUCCAGACUGCGCGUUUCUAUCGUGAUGUCCUGGGGAUGAAGAUUCUGCGGCAUGAGGAGUUUGAAGAAGGCUGCAAAGCUGCCUGCAAUGGGCCUUAUGAUGGGAGAUGGAGUAAAACAAUGGUGGGAUUUGGACCUGAGGAUGAUCAUUUUGUUGCAGAACUGACUUACAAUUAUGGCAUCGGAGACUACAAGCUUGGCAAUGACUUUAUGGGUAUCACACUCGCUUCUAGCCAGGCUGUCAGCAAUGCCAGGAAGCUGGAGUGGCCGCUCAGUGAAGUCGCAGAAGGUGUUUUUGAAACCGAGGCCCCAGGAGGAUAUAAGUUCUAUCUGCAGGAUCGAAGUGCGCCUCAGUCAGACCCUGUGUUAAAAGUAACUCUAGCAGUGUCUGAUCUUCAGAAGUCCUUGAACUACUGGUCUAAUCUACUGGGAAUGAAAAUUUAUGAACAAGAUGAAGAGAAGCAAAGGGCUUUGCUGGGCUAUGCUGAUAACCAGUGUAAACUGGAGCUACAGUGCAUCAAUGGUACAGUUGAUCACGCAGCAGCUUUUGGAAGAAUUGCCUUUUCUUGCCCCAAAAAAGAGUUGCCUGAUUUAGAAGACUUGAUGAAAAGGGAGAAGCAGAAGAUUCUGACUCACCUGGUGAGUCUGGAUACCCCAGGGAAAGCAACAGUACAAGUGGUCAUUCUGGCCGACCCUGAUGGACAUGAAAUUUGUUUUGUGGGGGAUGAAGCAUUUCGAGAACUCUCUAAGAUGGAUCCCAAGGGAAGCAAAUUGUUGGAUGACGCAAUGGCAGCAGAUAAAAGUGAUGAAUGGUUUGCUACACAAAAUAAACCAAAGGCUUCAGGUUAACAGAAGACAUCCCGUGGGAGAAGCAUUUUCCUUCCUAGCUCCCAGGAGGUUUGAUGUGUCCAUUCGUGAUAAAUGCUCUCACAACUUGGUUGUUUCCUAUAUAGGCAAGGAAGCUGGGGUAGUGAAGAUAAUAUGUGUUUUAAUCUUAUGAAAGCUCUGAUAUAUUUUAGGUAUACAAUCCUAUUAUUGUCAGGCCGGUUAGAGGAGAACUCUUACUGUAAUCUGCACUGUCGCUGGAAUGGCACAGUCUGCAUGUAACUGUAUAGAUGAGUAAUAAAUUAUUUUCCGGUCUAGGGCAGCUAUAUGGGACAUUACCUUUGCUUGGGAUGGAAGGAAUUUCGGUAAGCAUGUGGAUUUUAUGAGACCACCUGUUCAGAUAAAUCCAAAUCAUAUUGCUUAUAAAGGAAUACUCCAGCAUCUGAUGAUAGUGUGUUGUUCUGAUGUCUUACUCUGGCAGGCCUUGACAUUUAAACAUUUUUUAAAAAUUUAUUCCUUGAACCAAAAGGUUUGGUUCACACCCCUGCAUUCCUUGCUUUAAAAUUUUGAGUAGCCAGAGAAAAUAGACAAGGAUCUAAUGUGUUGUGUUGCUGCAUGCCUGGCUUGGGCGAGUUUCCUUAUAUAAUUUCUAAAAAUCUUCACAAGAAGAGAACAUGUUAAAUUUCUUAAAAAUGGAUUAGAUGAUUUCUUUGGCCUGAAAAAAAUUUUUUUAGUGUUUUCUUGUAAUUUUCUGUUUGGUUCUAUAAAACAGAUUAAUUUAAUCAUUGGCAACAAAAUUAUAUUGGGCAUAUUUAUUAUUAAAUGUUUUUCAAAGAUGUCAUUCCGAAAUUGAGCUGUUAAUACCAGCCUGUAAGAAUCAUUAUUUAAAGUGGUGGGCAGGUUCAAAUUUUAGGAAAGAGAUUGAUGAGAUCGGAAGGGAUUGACCCAGACGAUACCAGUCCCAGGAUAAUAUAUAUUAAAUUACUUAUAAGUCAGAGCCUCUGCUCUUCUCCCUUGCUGGCAGGGUGGAGUAUGGAAAUUUCAGGGUGAAUUUCAGCUCACCUGCUUAUAGAGUGAUCUUACUUUCACUGAGAGAAAAUAGUCUUUUUCUUGCUUCGCAGCAUUUUUCAUCCAGCUUAAAUGCUCUAUCUUAAGGAAGCAACCAUGAGUUUCAAAGCAAACUAAAUUAUUUAUGUUCUUGCUCUAUACGAAUGUUCACUUUUUUUUCUCCUUAUACACGGGGAAGUUAUUGUAUGAAUUUGUAAUAAUCAAAGUUCUAUGUCUGUUUAGACUAUGAUUUAUUCUCAGGGUUUCUAUUACAUUAAAUAAUUCUUGAUUUUUAUCUCUACUAAUGGUGUUCUUGUGAAAAAUAAA